AGCGAGUCCGGGAAAAGGAGCGCGCUUCCUGUGACUUCACUCUAGCUACGGCCGGCGUUGGACGAACAUUGGCUGCGAAAAUGACGUCUGAAGCUCACGCUAGCGCCAUGAGAGCCCUCUACCUAAUGCUGUGCGUCUUCGGAAUCUCAGUGUCUCUAUAUUCAUUGCAUGUGAAACAUUCAGCGGCAGCCGACGAAAAUUACCGCGCUCUAUGUGACAUAUCUGAGCACAUGAGCUGCUCGAAGGUUCUGACUUCGGACUACUCGAGGGGCUUCGGAGUCGCGGGACAGAUUCUCGGGGAAGACUCUCCGCUCAACGCGUCGAACAGCGUGCACGGUGUGGUGUUCUACUCGUUCCUGUUUCUGCUGGGGUACCUGGAUUGGCCCUCGACAUUACGAGUGAUUUUAGUGCUCUCGAUAGCAGCCAACCUGAUGUCCAUCUACUUGGCAUCGAUUCUCUACUUCGUCCUCCACGAUUUCUGUCUCGUUUGCGUGACGACGUAUCUCAUCAAUUUCUCGCUGCUUGUUAUCUCCUAUUCUCGCUCGGCAUUCCACCAGCAGCAAGUUUUCUUGGGAGAAUGGGUGGGGAAGAGCAAAUGAAACCUUGGGAUUCUGUUCUCAAGAGCGAGUUCGGUUCUGGACUGCUCUCCGAGUCUCGCCAUCAUGUCGGAAGAGCCGAACUCGACAAUGCAGCUCUCCCCGACUAAUUCCCUGAUGUCUGAAGAAGGAGAGGACCGUUAAGCUCGAAUCCUCCGCUUCGAAGUUGCUUGAGCAGACACGACAGUGAACGAUAAAUAAAAGAAAUGACAUG